UCUAAUCCUGCCUGUACUGCUGACUGCCUGGGUGACUUUGAGCACAUCCAUUGGCUUGUUUCCCUGCUGGCAGCUGUAGGCACUGGUGGAAUAGCAAUACGUGGACUGGCUCUGAUGCUGAACGGGGCAGUCGCCUCUCAUCCCUCACAAGCAAUGCCUUGUCCUGGCUUCUUGCAGGAUGGCUGAGGAAGUCCGCAAGGUCCCCUUGAAGCCCAUCCUUGCCUGGGAGGAGACGAGACCUCCUCGAAGGAAGAGUCCGCAGAAGAGCCCACAGCAGCAGCAGGAGCUGUGUGUGCCUCAGCCCUUCCAUGCUGAUUCACCAUCACCUGGGAAUGCCUCCUGUUUUAUGGGGCCAGACUCGCAGGAGAAAGAGACCCUAGACUACAUCAACACCUUUCUCAAGGGCAAUGAACAGGAGGAGGCCAAGAAACUUGAAUUCUUGGAUCGUGUCAUCACCAUCAGCAGGGCCGCCCUCACGAGGCACCCAGAACAAAACCUGGCAGCUUUUCUCUGCAAAGCCCUCCUUGUGGAGAAGAUAAAGGAGCUGAUUGAUCUUGAGUCCGUCGACUCCCUGACCAGCGGGGUGCGUCAGCAAGCGAUGCUCGCCAUCAUGGAGCUGAGCAAAGUGAAGCCACUGCUGCGGGGAAUGGAGCUAUCCAGCCUGCUCACCGUCUGCUUCUCCAGCGUCUUCUCCCUGCCUCCAGCAGAGACCAACCAGGGCGUGGAGGCUGCUCUAUACAACAACACUCUGAACACCAUGGAUGAGCUGCUGAAGGCCUUGGUGUGUGAGGAUGAGAAGCCCAACCUUGUGGUGCUGCAAAACAUCGUGGAGGUCCUGCUCCCCUGGACCGCAUCCAAGGAGGUGCAUGUGCGGCUGAGGGCAGUGGGAAGAAUCACCUGGCUGACCAAAUUCAUCUCUGGUCAACACAAAUUCAAGGGAGUGGAGGAGUUCAGAGUCCUGGGCCAGCUGGUGGGCUGUCUCACUCUGUGCAGUGCUGAGCAGGAGCAGGAGAUCUGCCGAUUGGCUAUGGAGGGACUUCACCACCUCUACGCCUUCAUGCUGCGGCAAAAAUGCACGAUGCUGGCAAACCAGAGUGCAGAGUAUCUGCAGGUCCUCAGGGAGUGGCGAGCGGAGAACACCUUCUGGGUCACCUGGUUCACCAACACCAGCAAUAUCGCCAUGAUGUUUGGGAAGUACUUCAACCCAUCCGAGCGCAUGGACUUCCUCCUCACUGCUAUCGAGGGCAUGAGAGACACCAGCGUCCAUGACUCGGUGGCGGCCAGGCACAUGCUGCAUGUGAUCCUGUGGGUCCCCAGCCCAAGCUUGGAGAGGGUGUCGGAGGCUGUGAUGAGCGUGUACCACAACCUGGACUCCAUCAGCGAGCCGCUGGCCCAGCAGCAGCUGCUCAAGGCCCUUGUCGUGCUGGGCGACCAGUACAGCGAGGAGGUGGUCACAACCCUGCUGGGCUGCUCGCUGUCAUGUGACAGCGUUGCUGUGGAGAUGUGGAGGGUGCUGACAUCCCACCCCAAGACCGCAGGAAAGGUCCUACGGGAGCUGCUCGACAGGCUGCAGGAACGGCCGCUGCGCCAGCAUCACGACGUCUCUCAGCAAGAGGCUGGCGUCGCCCCCUUGGCCGUAAGUUCCAGCCCCUGCAGCAAGGGAAGGAGCGCCGUGUGUCCCCACCAUGGCCUGAGGGUGUCUCUCAGUCUCCCACUGGGUAUCGCCAUUGGGCCGAAGAGAGAGAGCGUGACUCUAGCCAGCGCUAUAGUCGAGGCAGAACACGCCGAAACCCUCUCCUGGUGCUCUGGGACACCUCUCAUAGAACCGCAGGGUGAGAAGGGAUCGCAAGGUCAGCUCGUCCAGCCCCCUGCCAAGAUGCAGGAUUUGUUGUGUCUAUCCCAGCCCAGACAGGUGGCUCCAGCCUCCUUCUAUAAACCUCCAAACAAGAGACAAAGGCCAGGCACCCCCUGCACUCCUACUUCCCAUGCCUCUGUCUCCAGGGGAGGCAGACGUUGUUUUGGAAAUGGCUUGUUGGGUCACCGGAGGGUGUUUCGUAAAGCAGCUCCUCGUUUCACACAGGUGGGGAAACUCCAGCAUCUGCUGCCAGACUUCGUGGAACAGCUACACGAGGCAGACAGGGACGUCAUCUCCAAUGCCAUCACUGUGCUGAAAGACAUCCUCACCGGCAUGGACAGGCAGAGCGCCAGCCCCGUGGCUGUGCAAGUGGCUGAGAAACUCCUGCCGUUCUUUCACGAUGAGUCCAGCAAACUCCGGGUGCUCUCCAUCACCCUCUUUAAACACCUGCUGGAGUUUGUAAGGGGGCCCAGCAGGAGGAAGAUGAAGGAGCACGUCCUCCGCAGCCUGGUCCCGCUGCUCCUCCUGCUGCAUGAUGAGCGUCCCAAUGUGUCCCAGGUGUGUUGGGACACCCUCAGGAGCGCAGUGGAAUUCCUAAGGUGGAGCCAGCUCGGUGCCCUCCUCCAGAAAAAGGAGCUUUGGCGAGGCUGUGACUGCCUGGUGGCGUGCUACAAGAGGAGGGCAGAAACCUUCCUCUGCCAGACCAUGGCCUUUCUGGAAAACCCACAGGCUCCCAUUAGAGAAGCGGCCAUCAGGUUUCUAGGGCUCACUGCCCGGCAGCUGGACCAGAAGAGCCUGGAGAAGUUGGAUGCCAUCUUCAACGUCCUGAAAGGCUUGCAGCAGGACAGCAAGUCCUCCGUCAGGUGCCUGGCUUCGCAGACCAUGCUCAUCCUCAAUGCCUGCAAGAAACACCGUCCAGCCCGCGCCAGCCUACAGACACUCUUGCACAGGAUGAGACUGAUGUGUACGAGGGAGAGCCCAGUCAUUGAAGCUGCCCAGCUGCCCUAGUAAAAGCCAGCCUCCCUACUCUGGGGGUUUGGUGCACCAGAGCCCGCCUGGAGCAGGGUGGAACACAUCAUGCUGGACCAUGGCUUCCUCCCCAUUGGCCGCCUACCCUGCCCAGCCACGUGAGUAGUUAACCGCUCAAUAGCUUUUAUCACCAUGUACUUUUUGACAGGUUUCCAUGCCCCGUGUAGCGUUUACGUCCCGCCCUCCGUCCCCGUUUCCGGUCGUGUAUAUUUUUGGCACCAUCAGCCCUUUUGAACCUUUAUUUUGUAUUAUUUUUCUGUGUCUGGCCGGGGGAAGGUUGGGUGCUUGUGCUACAGUCAGGCAGGCAGAGCAGCAGAAGGCCUCCAGACGACCACAUCGGGAGGCUGCCACUCCUGACGGGGGGGUGGCAGGGAUAGGGGAACCCAGGCCCUCCCGCUGCACUGCGUCCCCGCUCAGGGCCUAACAGCGUGUGUGUUUUGACAUAUUUCGAGAAAAAGUAUGAACAAGUAGAAAGAGAGGCUGUAGGGGGUUCGCGGCUCCCUCCCGUCCGUCUGAGCGGGAGACCAUGCCCCUUGCUACGAUACUUCCGGGGUACCUUGGUUCAGGGGAAAUAGCUCAGUGUCCAUGGUUCUGGCCUGCAGUCAGGUCGACCAACGGUCAAGAGUCUGUUUGCCCGGGGACUUCAUUCAGGGCAGGGCUGCUGUCGAGUAGGGGCUCUGGCCUACAGUCAGGCAGGCAGAGCAGCAGAAGGUCCAUUUGCCUGGCCCUUGAUCAGGGCGGGGCAGCAAUCAAGUAGGGGGGCUCUGGCCUACAGUCCGGCAGAGCCGUCGCCGUCUAGGGGAGGUUAGCUGUCUGGUGGGAGAGUCAGCACAACCGUCUGGCGUCCUGAUUCAGGCGGGUGCCAGACCAAUCAGGCCUCCUGACAACCAAGUGGGGAGGCUGCUACUCCUGACGGUGGGGUGCUGGUGGUCGGGGAACCCAGGCCCUCCCGCUCCACUGCGUCCCCACCCAGGGCCCUAACAGCUGUGGAGCGGUCCGCCACUGCGUCAGUGGGGAAAAUCUGACCGCAACACGCUGGACGGCUUGUAGUCAAUAACACAGCUGAACCCAAUUCGGCUGCCCUGGGCUCCUUGCUGCAAGUCCAUUCCAUGUGUACAUGGGUUCAGGGGUGGCAGGUUUGUAGAAAUUUUGGUGGUGCCCAGAACCCGCCCCUACUUUGCCCCCACACCUGCCCAAGGCUCCGGGAGGGAGUUUGGGUGGGGAAGGAUGUCUGGAGUGCAGGACCUAGGCUUAGGCAGAGUAUUGGGGUGCAGGCUCUGGGAGGGAGUUUGGGGAUGGGAGGGGGUGCAGAGGGAGGAGGUGCAGGGCUGAGGGGUUUGGGAGGGGAUCAGGGCAAGAGUAAGGGUGAAGGGGGUCAGGGCUCUGUCUGGGGCUGGGGGUUUGGGGGGUGAGAGAGAGUCAGGGCUGAGGCAGAGGGUUGGAGUUCAGGGGGAUGAGGGCUCUGUCUAGGGCUGGAGAUGAGGGGUUUGUGGUGUUGGAGGGGGCUCA